AAUAGAUGAACUCACAUGGACACACCAUUAUUACCUAAAGUCCAUUUUACAGUUUACAUUAGGGUUCACCCUUGGUAUUGUACAUUCUAUGGGUUUGGACAAAUGCAUGACUUGUAUCUCCCAUCACACUGUUGUACAAAACAAUCUCACUGCCCUGCCCCCAAACCCCUCUGUGUUCAGCCUCUUCAUCCCUCCCUAUCAUACAUUUUUUUCAAGACCAAACACACUUUGUUUCAACCUACUUUAAAAAAAACAACGAACACAACUGUCUUUUGGAUCCUUUAAAAGGGUCAGUGGUGCUUAAAACUGACUCCUUGGGCAAGACCUUCCUUCCUUCCUACAACCGUGAACUUCCCCAGGACAACCUUCAGCCAUGGAACCCCUUUGGGGUUCAGGGUUACUAGAGGAGUGGGACCUGGCUCAGGCCACAGGAGGAGCCCUCCCCUGGGCCUGGCUGGACCCAGGACCAGUCACAGCCAUCCCCUCCCAGUGUCUACACAUCUCCCCCUCCCGCUCAACCCCCACUUCUCCAGGAUGGCCCUCACGGAGGAACAGCAGGUGAUGUUUGAGAAGCUGACUCUGUACUGUGAUAGCUACAUCCAGCUCAUCCCCAUUUCCUUCGUGCUGGGAUUCUACGUGACGCUGGUCGUGACCCGCUGGUGGAACCAGUAUGAGAACCUGCCGUGGCCCGACCGCCUCAUGAACCUGGUGUCCGGUUUUGUGGAAGGCAAGGACGAGCAAGGCCGGCUGCUGCGGCGCACGCUCAUGCGCUACGCCAACCUAGGCAGCGUGCUGAUCCUGCGCAGCGUCAGCGCCGCCGUCUACAAGCGCUUUCCCAGUUUCCAGCACCUGGAGAAAGCAGGUUGGCUGGGACGGAGCUGGAGAAGUGAGCUGCUCAUGACCACAGAGCCAGGGCUGGAACAUGAGCACCAAACCCUGGUACCUGGAGAAGAGCCUGGGAGGGCAGGUGGUGGGCAAAACCCCAACCCUUCCUCCCCCGCCCCCCACCAGGAGAUGAACACCUUGCGUACGAAGUGUGGACAACUGUAUGCCUACGACUGGAUCAGUCCCCCGCUGGUGUACACACAGGUGGUGACCGUGGCGGUGUACAGCUUCUUCCUGGCUUGCCUAAUUGGGCGGCAGUUCCUUAACCCAGCCAAGGCCUACCCUGGCCACGAGUUGGACCUCGUUGUCCCCGUCUUCACAUUCCUGCAGUUCUUCUUCUAUGCUGGCUGGCUGAAGGUAGCAGAGCAGCUCAUCAACCCGUUUGGAGAGGAUGAUGAUGACUUUGAGACCAACUGGAUUGUCGACAGGAGUUUGCAGGUGUCCCUGUUGGCUGUGGAUGAGAUGCACCAGGACCUGCCCCCGAUGGAGCAGGACAUGUACUGGAACGAUCGCGAACCACAACCCCCCUACACAGCUGCUUCUGCCCAGUCUCGUCGUCCUUCCUUUUUUGGCUCCACUUUCAAUAUCAGUUUUCAGAUGAUGAAGUCCAGGUUCAGAGAGGUUAAUCUGCAUAAGGAAGAGAUGGAGUUCCAGCCAAACCAGGAGGAGGAAGCGGAGGAAGAGGACCCUCACACUGGCAUCAUCGGCCGCUUCCUGGGGCUGCAGCCCCAUGACCACCCCCCACACAGGGCAAGCUCAAAAGCCAAACUACUUUUGCCCAAGAAAGAAGUCCACCAUGAGGGCCAGCCUGAGAGCCUCGCGGGAACCAGCAAGAGCGCCAGGGACCAGCAAGACAGCGAGGCCCGGAAGAUGAGUGGGGAGGACGCCUUCAAGUCCGAUGCCCUGUAUGGAAGGUCCGGCUACCACAGUGCCCCACAGACACCCCUCAGCUCCACCCCAAUGGUCUUCCCACCCGGACAGUCAGCACCCUCAAGUCUUCACAGAAUCUCAGGCAUAGAUGGCAAUGUGAAAGACCAAAGCCUACAGCCUGUGACUCCUGGGACCAAGACGAGUUUUGAAUUGCUCCUGGAGUAUGCUGGGGCCUCAACGGAGCACCCAGAAUUGUGUCAUAUGAAGAGGAAAACUGUGGAGUUUAACCUGACGGAUGUGUCAGAGGCCCCUGAAAGUCAUCUCAGAGAACCACAUAGACGAUUUACAAGCAAGGCGCACGUUCUACUCAAUGAGCAAGAUCCCUAUUGGGCCUUGGAAAACAGGUCUGUCCUCCCCCCACACCAGAGGCACUGCACUCCCUCCGUAGGGAUGAAGCACAUGCCUAGCCUGUUUUCCAAGGGGGAUGCUUCACCAGCCUGGUCCUGCCUGUGUGUACACCAAUGGAACACUGAUCCAGUCAUAGCCAUAUAGCUGUCCAUACUGAAGAAUUCGGUCCUAUGACAGCCUGAAUUAAGUGGUUAGCUCAAUGAAUAACAAAAAUCCGUAGUUUCAGGACUACUUUACUUAACCCUUUGACUUUCAUACGUAAAAAUUACAAAAGCUAGAAUGAACCACUGGAAGGAAACAUGUAAUUCCAAACACCUAAUUCUGAAUCAGGAGUCCUUAAGUCCUGUCUGAAAUCAGCACAAGAGCCUUGGUACCUUUUCCAAACUUUGGAGUUUCACACAAUUAAGGAUGAAUAAACUAAGGAUUUUCCUAAGUACAAAUCCUCUUAGGCGUACUUCAUUUUGACUGCUGUGACUGAACUGUGGGCCUAGAUAUACUUCUAGCCCACCCCCAAAACUCAAAAGACAACAGCUGGGUACCAAAUUACUUUAUUUGAAGAAAUGGUACAAAUGAAAGAAUGUAAGUAGAUGAUUUGGUACAACUUAUAGAAAGGUCAAGGUAACCC